GGUUGUCUUCUCUUCCAACCAUUGAUCUGUUUCUCUCUCUAGAUUUUCUCCGCCGCCGGUUAAUCGGAGAUCUAUGGAUUCAACUCCGAUCUACCAUCUGCCGCACGACACUCUACACCAGAUCUUUUCACAUCUCCCUCUUCGUCAAAUCAUCGUCUGCCGAUCCGUCUGCAAAUUCUUCAACGAAACCCUUUCUUCCCCUUCCUUCAUCCUCCAAAUCUCCGGUCAUCAACAGCCACUCAGUCUCCUCGCUCUCCGGCCGCCGCAUCACCACCGUCACGCUACAUCUCCUCAUUCCACCCUUCACGCCUACGAUCCAGACCAGAAUCAAUGGCUCCGAUUUCCCCUCUCCUUCCUCCCAUUUCACUCUCCACAGCCAGUCGCCGCUUCUCUUGGAAUCGUUUAUCUCUGGGCUGACUCACUUGACUCCGGCAAAAAUUUAGUCGCUUGUAACCCCUUGACUCAGACCUAUCGAGUCCUCCCCCAGCUCGGCUCUGCAUGGUCGCGUCACGGCUCGGUUCUCGUCGGAGGGCCUGGCCGCGUCCUUGUCCUCACGGAGCUUGCUGCUCUGUAUUUCUCAUCAGGAUCGGCUACCAAUUGGCUUAAUUUCUCGUCUAAUUUACCUUCCAAGCCGCGUAGCCCUAUCUUGGUUGGAGACUCGGUUCUUUCUCUCUGCGAUGUCGGCUCGCCUUGGCGGAGCCAGUGGAAGCUCUUCUGCUGUAAGCUUUCUACUCUCCAGAGCUCUCAAAUUUGGUAUAGGUUAGAGAAGCAGGAAUGGGGAGAUGUGUUUGAUAUCUUGAGAAGGCCGCGUUUAGUUAGAGGAAUUGGGAACACGAUUCUCAUGAUUGGGGGACUGAAAUCUUCCUUCUCUCUAAACGCUUCUUGCUCUACGAUUCUGAUUCUCAAAUUGGAUUUGGAUAGUCUAGAAUGGCAAGAGGCAGGCAGGAUGCCGUCAGAAAUGUUUAGAUUUUUCCAGGAAUCUAGUAAGUUUAAGGUUUUUGGAGGUGGGAACAAGAUUUGCUUCUCUGCUAAGAGGGUAGGAAGGUUGGCUUUGUGGGACUUGUCAUCUGAGAAUGGGAAGGCAGCCUGGCAGUGGAUUGAUGGUAUGCCUGGUUGCGGGGAUGGGUUAUCUCGUGGGUUCUUGUUCGAAGCUCAACUCACAGCUUUGCCUUAGAGAUGAGCUACCUCAGCAGGGGGGGAGCUUCAACAGCACUAGAUGUUGCAAAUUGAAGUCAACUCGGGGCUCAAGUAUACGACAUCUUGUGAAUUGAUGAAGAUCCUCCAUGUUUCGAAAGGUAAAAAAAAAAUUGAUUGUGUGAAGAUUUUCAAGUUUGUGAUGUUUUUUGAAAGGUGUUAUGUUGACCUGCUGCAUUGUCUUGUCUGAUAACUACUUUAAUCUGGAGGCUGUGUGUUGUUUACAGGGCUAUUAUUAUUAUUAUUAUUAUUAUUUAUGAAAAGCAUUAGCAGUUUCUUCUUAUGAUAAAUUUGAUGUAAUUGUUUGAUUAAGACUGCUUAUCUUAGAAACUCCUUUGUGAGAUGAAUUGGUUUCUUUUCCAACUA